CUCAGGUCACAUGAACAUUGACCUACUAAUCAUGAUCAUGGUGGCAGCUAGGUGCUUGCAGUGGGUGGAAAUUCCAAACGUUUCCAGCUAUUUAUUUUUCUGACACUGUUUAUUCCAUUUGAUAUAACAGAUAUGUAUAUUCCGUCGAUAAUAUGGACCAUUCUUUACAUCAUUGUUGGUCUAUGGCUCUCAAUGAGGGUCCUGGCCUUGAUUCUUCAAUUUGUCAUCAAAAGAAAGACCGGUAUACUUGUCAGAAUUGCUCGUACAGGUUUUGGAGCCUUUCACAAUAUUCACAUCACAAUAAGGGAAGGUCUACAAGUGGAAAUUGACAAGGUUUGGUUAUCUAGCUGUUAUGUCAAUGAGGAAAUUAGGCAGCCAGUUGUGUUGUGUAUGGGAGAGGUCAGGAUUCAGGCCAACACAGAUGGGUCACAUGACAGAAAAAAGAAGACAGCUCCUCAUCCCUCAAGUGUACCAUCAAAACAAUUUGCUCUUCCAAAAUUUGCUGCAUACCUCCAACACUUUGGUUUAAAGAUUCAGAGCUUGACAGUAAUGCUGUUAAAGACAAUGGUAGCAGACUGUCUUAUUCAUAUUGAGGGAAAUGAACUUGGUCUAGAUAUCUCAUGCAUUGAGGACAGUUUGCAGUUUAUUAUCAAUGCUGGAAGUGUAAACAGUAAGGCCUUGAAAAGUGUUUCUCAGACAAAUGCGGAGGCAGAAGGUCAGCAUCUGGCAGAAAUGUCGUUCAGCUUGUAUGUUGAUCUCAGUGUAUAUAGAGACAAUAUUAAAAGAGUCAAGGGAUCAAGAUUACUGAUAAAUAAACCACAAGUGAUGCUAACAGAAGGAUUACUAUCGGGGGCCUAUAAUCUGCAGGAAAAUAAAUCUUCUCCACCACAACAGCAACAGCAGCAGCAACAACAGCAGCCAGGAGCAGAUACAUCUACAUCAAAACCGGAGUAUAACUUGAAGGAGAUUUUACCUCAAGAACUUGGUGUUGAUAUCACUGAAGUGGAUAUAAAAAUUGUACGAGAAACUAAACAGAGGUCACUUGGCGUUGGAAUAAAGAAUUUCCAUGUAGAUAUGAUUAACCAAACAAAUGAAGACAACUCUCAUGAAAUUACCUGCACUCUUCUUUUAGAAGAUUUUAGUACAAAAUCUCAACAAGCAAGAUUUGCUGAUCUGUUAAAACUAGAAGUCAAAUCCAUGAUGUCAAAUGAAGAAAUAAAGAUGAAAACAUUGAUACAGAAUGCCUACUUUCACUAUCAUCAUGACGAAGUCCAGUACUGGAUGUUAGUCAUGGCUCAAUUCUCACAAGGAAAAGAUAAUCAAACAGUCAACUCAGAGUUGUCUCCAGUUGAGAAUAAGGAGAAUGAUGAAAGUAGACUAUCAAAGCUAUUACAGGAGAGGAAGUUAACGAUUGACACAGAAUUAUUGAACAUAUCCACAUCAUUUUCUACAGCAUCUUGUCCCGGGCUGGUCCUCGGCGUGUCACGAGUCAGGAAACAUUUUAUGCUGAAGAGAAGUGUACAUGAAAUAGAGAGUGGCUGGUUGCCAUGGUUAGAGUCACAUGACAUGUCAGUAGAGAUGGAGUUAGACACGCUAUAUUGUACACAAUCAGAAGCCCAGAUACCUGUAUCAGAACUGAAUGGAAACAAACAUUUCUGGAAUCAUGUUCUCUAUAUGAACAUACUUAUGAUAAAGAUAAACAAACUUGGGGACGAGUUACGUGUACAAGGGAUGGAAGAUCAUUUACAUAUAGAGUGGUCAUCCAGUACAAUUAGCAUAAUUACCUCCCUUCUUCUGACACUGUCCAAGGCAAAGUUAUCUGCCCCUAGGAGGAUCUCGAAUGCAGCUUUGAGACCUGUGCGCAAGAGAAACAGACAAGUUCACUUCGAACACAACAGAAGGGAGACAACUUUAUCAUUGUUGUUAAAAUUUGAUAUCACCAAUACAAACAUUUUCAUGUGCAAUAAUUAUAAUGUUGGUUUAAUGUUGCGGAUAGAUUCAGCAGGUGUUCUGUACAGACAAAAUCUUGAGAUAACUAUAGAAGGGACAAAACUGAAGUACAUGCACAUUACUGAUAAGUUUACACCCAUUGCAAGAUCUUGUGAGCUGGAUCACCCAGUUGCAAACCUUGAAGACAUCAAAAUGAAUUGUAAUGUCAAGGAGAAGACAUUUAAUAUUCAGUUAUUUAAAAAGCUAUAUUUUGAUUGGUCGACAUCAUGUCACAUGUGUAUAAUACAGGCAAUAGAGGAUGUGAAAGAGAUGAAUAACAAAAUAAGAGGUGAAGUUGUUGGCCAGGAACCAAACAUUCCUGUGAGGAAAGCUUCUGUCGAGGAAAAUGUCGGAAUGUCUGUUAAUGUCAUGGUAAUGACACAACUCACGGUCAAGUUACACCUGUCGUCAAAUCACAGUGUAACACUAAUAGGAGAUAAAGUUCUACUGGCCCUCUCUCCACAUGAGAUUGUGGCAGAACUACCAACAUUAAACAUAUUCUGUGAUGAAGAAAAAGUUUUUACCUUUGAGCGUGUGGUUAUUGAUAGCCUUCAUGAUCAUACACUUAAAGAGGAAAGAAAAUUCUUUAAAACUUUGACUUUGAAAACAAAUAGACUAUGGAGGGUUUCUGUUGAUCUAUUAUCCAUUGUGUUUCCAUUCAACUUUGACUUUGCUGCUUGCUUUGAAGAGUUUGUUAAUUUUCAAAAAUGGCUCAAACUUGUACAUAAAGUUAAAAAGAAGGCAUUUACAGUUGACAGCAAACUACCUCCAGAUUUGGAUAUUAGAGUAAAGACAUUUAAGUUAGAGAUAGGAGAUGAUCCGUUUGAAGUUAAACUUGGUGACAACUAUGAACUGAUGAAAGAUGAAUACAUGGAAAGUGAAAAAAGACGUACAGUGCUGGACCAGAAAGUUCAAAAUUUAAAGAAAGGCUAUGGAAUCAUACCAGCACAUAAGAUAGACGAAGUGUACGCUUCUCUUGCGAAGAGUAGCAGUGACAUAUACAUACAGAGAUCCCGUCAGUUGUACCAGAUCACUCCGCUACGUACCAAACUGUUUACCUGGAGUAUGGAAAACCUCGAAAUAACGGCCAUGGCUGAUACAUCCAUACACGGAAAAGACAAUGUGAUUACCCAUAUGAAAGAGAUUGAUAAAGACAGUCCAUAUCCAGAAGAACCAGUGGAGUACUCCACACUAUGGUGCAGGUAUAUAAAUGUAAAUGUUAAAUCAUGGACUAUAAAGUUCCGAGACUUUCCUCAGCUAGCCCUUGAUGUAGCAGAUAUGGCAUUGUGGGGGCGAUUGAUUGGCGCAGAGAUAGAAGGGGCUAAAAGAGCUAAACGUUCAUGUACAGUAGAAGUAGCACAGCCUUGGGGUGAUCAAACAGUACAGAGAAAUCUCCCGGCACUCAAGUUCUUCCAUGACUUUAGCGCUGAUGUGGAUUCCUUUGAAAUGGCACAUGGUGCAUGCUGGGAACCUGUAGUAGCUCAGUUCAACCUUGCCCUUGACCUCAUCAACAAACCAUCAAUUGACCCCAGUCGACCUUUACCAUGGUGGGACAAGGCACGUCUGCUGUUUCACGGUCGACUGACUAUGACUGUGGUGAGAAUGAGCUGGUUAUAUCAUGCUUCACUGGAUCCGUACAAUGCUACAGAAAUAAUGGACUGGACCUGGACUGACCUAAUUUUAGACUGGACCAAUAUGAACUUUCUACUAAAAGGUGACCUAGAUAUAUAUGUGAGGACAGCUUCUAAAUAUGAUGAUGCUAGAAUACUGAAACUGCCAAAUCUUCAGUUUAAUGCAAAAAUAGACUGGUUAUGUCUAGGUGAUCCCAAUGACCAUCAUCAGGUGAUGCCAUGUGCUCCAGAUAAAGUACCAGACUAUUCCUUGGAGGAACAUGACUCAUUCAGGGCAUUUAGAUCUCAGAAUUUUAGCUUGAGUAUCACAUUGGAGACACAGAAAUCAAAAUCUUCUAAUCAUCCAGAGUUUGAGUUUUAUGCAAGUACUUUAAAGUUCCUUGAUAAGAUAAAGAUGUGCCUCGGAAAUGUAACUCGACCAAUCAGACGAGGGCAAGUGUUUCAGAAUUUGAAAAUAAGAAAACCACAGCUCAGUCGCCAUUACAAAUAUGCUCAACUGUCUGUGAACUUUAACCAGUUUGAUAUCUCAUACUGGAUGUCAUUCUCCAUGCAACAUGGAACAACUUUGGAAGGAAACUCUUUCAUGUUAGAGUUAAAAAAUGAGUUAACUCUACGACCAAUAAAUGAUGGACUGAUUCACAGACCGGAUGCUGACUGGAGUGUUAUAUACCUGAAUUGUAUUUUGACUGGUACAAAAAUAUGGCUGUGUAGCUCACAAGUGCGGCACGAAGAUGAGUUGGAUGUUUCAACUACAGGAAGACCUGUGUUGACGAGCUUUUUUCUCAGUCUCUCAAAAGUAUCAUAUCAAAGAUCUGCUACAAAGAAGUCAGAUGGGAUAAUGGAGGAAGAUAAAUCUGAAAGUAAAACUCCUAUCCACAACUUACAGGUAUAUGAUUUAAGGGGAUCUUGGAACAAUCAGAAUAGAACAGUUCUGAUUGGUCUGUAUGACAGUUACAUGAAGGCGCAGUCACUGAAGCGUAACUUGUCCUCAGAGGCCCUGAAAGGGUUUAAAGUGGAGGGGAGUGGAAAUGCCUCAAGCAGUAAAUCCAAUAUAAAAGGCUCAAACUUAUCAAUAGAUGCUCAAGAGGUAGCCACACCCAGUCCCUCAACCAAGAUGCAGACCAGCCACGCCCACUCCAUGCUCCUGAAACUAGUAGCCGAGUCUGACAGUAAAUCUGUUGCCUUUACUGAAGAGCCAUCCAGUACAAACAUGGACCAGCUACAGGGCGUGGCUGCCUGUCAAACUGAUGAUGUCAUACAGAAAAAAUGGCUGAUUGAGCUUCACAACAGUCAGCUUAUAGUACAAGGUUGUGAGACACAAGGGUUUGUUAUCGUGGCUGCAGCCAAAGCAAAAAUUCUCUCCUGCGAUCAUGCACCUAUCUGGGUGCGGGACAAUCAGCUCCGAAGCAAGGAUACCUGGGUCGGGUCUUUAGAUUGUAUGCAGUAUUAUGCAACAGUUGAUCCAGGUCAUGAAUUCAGUGAUGAAAAUAUACCCUGGUUAUCAAAAACUCAUGUCGAGGACCGGGCAGAACCUGAUCUGUCCAGUCUGCAGGAAAUGGCAGGUAGCGGACACAGUGUGGGCGGAAUUGUCAACAUCAGUUACAGUGGAAACGAUAAAAACCAGACAGUUCAGAUGCAGAGAAUCAUAUCAAGAUGUAAAUGUCAGUUUUUCUAUGUGAACUAUGGUGAGGCUGAUCCAUCUUUAUUACAAGAAGUUCCUCCUCCUCCGUCUGAUGAUUCUGAUAUGAUGCAGAGAGACGAGGGUGUUGAUACAUUUACACUGUUACAUCAUGAUCUCAAUGUUGUCACUAACCAUUUACAGUAUUCAAUGAUUUUAGACAUAGUAAACAAUCUUUUACUACAUGUAGAGUUGAAGAAAAGGGAAGCUACAGAAAAGUUACAGAGUAUGAGAUUUCAGCUGCAGUUAUCAAGAGUUGAAGAUCAGAAAACACCUAUUCUAAAUCUACAGGAAAAUGUGAGAAAACAAACAGAGAAGUUUAGAUUCUAUGAGAGGGAAUUAUUUCAUGUUAUAAAAGCAAGGGAAGAAGAAAGGAAAAGAAAGUCAGCUUUUAUAAUUAAGGAUAAAAAAUGUGAAAAUUACAUCGAAGAAUUAGAUGAAGAUCGAGAAGCCCUAGAAUCCAAGUUACGACAAUGCAAGGAACGCAUGAACAUUUUAAACGAGGAAUUGUCAAUACGUAUCAGUUGCUUCAAGGAAAGUCAGUUACAAGUUCAGUCAACGUUACAAACAAAGCAGACGCAACAAGCCUACGUUAUCAGGAGAAACGAAGUUUGCUUCAAAUUUGCUCAGUGGCGUUUAACCGAACCAGACGGACAAGUAGGAAUUGCUGAUAUAGCUUUACGAAAUUUUGUUUACACAAAAGUGAAUCGGAAUAACGAUAACCUGGAGUCAUCAAAAGUGGAUUUGGGCUGGGUCAAGGCCACUAAUUUACUGCCAAAUUCAAUAUAUAAAGAUGUACUUGCACCUCGUGACCCACCUGGGCGGGAUAAUAACAGACAAAUGACCUUGAGAGUGCUUUGUACUGAACGACCUCCAGGUAGAUCGUUUUUAAAGAAAGUCAUGGAGUUCUUCUUCCCUGAUAAAAACAUUGAUAAUGAAGACCAAGAGGAAGAAAUGGAAGGUGCUUGCGCAGCCCAAAAAACAUUCUCCAGGUCAGAGAAAAGGUCAUCACAGAAAAAGGAGCUGAAGAGAUCCCCAUCUUUCACAGCCACUGAUGAUAUAGAUAAAAUGAAGGAGAGAGCUGCAAACAACAAUACAUUCUUGUAUAUAAAGAUACCAGAAGUGUCAUUAAGAGUUUCUUACAAGGGAGAGAAGGAGAAGAAUAUAGAAGAUGUACAUGACUUUAGUCUAAUAUUACCUACGUUAGAAUAUCAUAACUGUAUAUGGACAUGGUUUGAUCUUCUCAUGGCAAUGAAAAAUGACAGCAAGAGAGUGCUCAUAUCCCAGGCACCCCAAGAAAAACCUGCGAAGAAAACAUUGUUUGGCAAGUCUACAAAAUAG